AUGUUAGGUGAUCUUCAGUUAACUAUUAUAAGCCCAGCUACGAAGGAUGAAGAAAUCUUCAGAUGGAUUCCCUGCAAGCCAGGGGAGAUCAGAGAAGAGAACUCAGAGAUCGUGGAUAUAAUCAGCUGGAUUACCUCUGACGUGAAGGAACUGUCGGAAAACCCAUUACUUAUCGAAAUGCUUAAGCAAACUGAUAGAAGUUCAUUCACAGAUGUUUCAAAUCUGUGUGGGGUUUAUAAUAAAGCUAUCACUGAUGUUUGGCAUAUGUGGACCGAAGGGGGUGUUGUCCCUGAUUUCUACAACAGAAAGGCUUCUCGUGACCAUAUUCAGUUUAUACUGUUGCAAUGCUACAAUCGGGCUGUUUCAGAUCCAGAAAAGCUCAAUCAGUAUCCGCCCUUUUCACCUCAGGUGUAUGGAGAGACGUCAUUUGAACUCAUAUCCCAAAUGAUUGAUGCUAUUUCAGUUGCAAGUGAUGAUAUAUUUAUCGAUCUUGGGAGUGGUGUUGGUCAGGUUGUCUUACAAGUCUCUGCAUCUACUGACGCUAAGUUUUGCUAUGGCAUUGAAAAGGCAGAGUAUCCGGCUUACUGUGCCUCAAGACUUGAUUCAGCAUUUCGACAUUGGAUGGGUUUCUAUGGCAAAUCCUAUCGACCUUACAAACUAGAACGGGGAGACUUUUUGUCAUCAGAAUACCAAGAACAAAUAACAAAUGCUAGUGUCCUAUUUGCAAAUAACUUCGCAUUUGGCCCAGAGGUUGACCAUCAGUUAAAACAGAGGUUUGCCAAUCUUAAAGAAGGAGCUCGAAUAAUUUCUUCGAAGGCCUUCUGCCCACUGAAUUUCCGAAUCACAGAUAGAAAUCUUGGAGAUAUUGGUUCGAUCAUGCGCGUGAGUUGUCUCAACCCGAUUCAGGAUGCUGUUUCAUGGACUGAUAAGCCAUUUAGCUAUUAUGUCCAUACUAUUGAUCGUUCUCUGUUGGAACAGUACUUUGCUCGUCUGAAAAAUCCAAAAUCCAAAGACGAGAAUAACAUUGUUCGCCGUGACCGCAAAGGCCGUAUUAUCUCCGAAAUCGUCUCCAGAGAAAGUUCAAACUCGUCCACAACUAAUAAUCAAAACAAUAGCAAUAGCAAUACUAACCAUAAAUCAAAAAGACCAACAGCUCUCACUAAACAUCACUCAAAUUCUUUCCGCUCCUUACCAAAACGAUCAGCAUCUUUGCCUGACGUAACAAAGUCGAAGACAAAUAUAAUAACUAACAACGUCGGUAGGAGAAAGUCAAGUUUGCAGAAUUGUUUGUCAACAAAGGAAACGAAUGGUCAUAGAAUUGUUAAUGGAUCCAUUGUUAUGCAUAGGAUGAGAUCACGCUCUAGACGACGACGUAAUUCACAGAGAUGGCAGUCAGAACUUAAACGGUCGUUUGCUAACAGUGAGGACAAUAAGAUAUCUUGUGGUGAUAAUAUACUGUCUACUAAUAAUGGCAGUAACACAGUUUUAGUGGAAUCUUGUGUUGACGAACAGUUAGCAUCAUUAUCCAUAAAAGGGUCAGGAAUAUGUGGGGACGAUGAAGCAGAAAAACAGUUUCCAACAGCUGUUAGAAAUCUGUUAAAUAGUAGUCCUUGUGGAAAUGAUUUGUUAUCAAAAACUGAUGUCAUCAAACAGAGUGUUCAUCGAAGAGGAAAAACAAUAACAAAUACUAAACUAGAUUUCAAUUAUCCAGUUAUUGAUGAUUGUCUUAGUGUAAAUUCCUCUUCUUCCCAUGAUCUCCGUGAUAGUCGAAACUCUUCGUCAUCACCGUAUGUUUCUUCAUUAUCAUCGGCUAAUAGAUCCCCAAAUUCACAAAUGGAUGAAAUUCCUCCUGCUCUAAACAGUACAACAAAUCAUUCCGAGUCUACAUUGAGAUCAGUUCAGUCGCAUAACUUGUCCAUGGUCUCAGAAGAUGAGUUGAACAAGAAUAAAUCUGAUCAGCCUCCCCAUAUUCGUAUCAAAUUCAGGAUAUCAAACUCAACUGGUAAUCAGGACCAUCCACUUAAUGUUGAGAUCAAAUCUUCCCCUCCUGAUGAUAAACGCAAUACUAGUCAAUCACAUAGUCCUAAGAAUACCAAUGACAACGAUAAACUUGAUAAUAUUGAUAAAGAUCAUUCAACGAGUGUGGCUAAUCGUCGUAUAAUGCGUAAAUGUCGGCAGUUGUUAAGUCAUGACUUAUCACAUGUUACGAAUUCUAAAAGUUCAAAUAAUCGAACAAUAGUUUUACGGAAACGGAUACAAAAAUGCCUACUGAAUAGUAACAAUACUGGAAGCACUGAUAAAUCUACAUCACCUCAAUCCAACUCUCCGUCUUCAUGUAAACUGAAUCGUCACAAUAAUAAUCGCAGUAAUAAAUUAAAACACGCUCAUGUGCAUUCUCGUAGUGAUUUACGCAACAAUCUGGAUAUUUUACAUAACCAUACUGUAACCAAUGUACAUUCCAAACCGACACCCACUAAAUAUGGAAUGAAUGAUAAAAGGUUUUCAGCUUACGCAUUUCAUUAUCAACCCGUGGAUGUUUAUACAGAAGGUGAUAAAAACUAUCUUAAGGAUUCUUCUGUUUCCGACAUACAUAUUGGAUAUAAUAAAGCACCGGUGCCGUUAGCACUAACACAAUAUCUAGAGUUAACCAAACAAGCUUUUAUGGAUCAUUUUGCCAUGCUUCAGUCACCAGCUUAUGCUUCAACUAUAAAAUCAGAACUUGAACGUGAACGUAAUCGACAGACAGAAUUGUUAAAACACACAAAAGCUUUAGAACAGUCCAUAGCAAAGUUACAUGCAGAUGGGACAGAGUUGUUGAAUCGUUUCACAAAACGCCUUGGCAUAUUAAUAACUACACCGGCUGCCUUUUUCGCACAAGCUCGAAGGUUAAUCAAACAUCAUCAUGCUUUGGAGGAGAAAAUUUCAGAGUUUCGGAAACAGAUAUCUCAUCUUUCUGCUGCGAAUCAAGAAUUAGUAAAACGUCAUCAAAUAGAGGCUGCACGUCUGUUGGCAGCGGCAACAAUGAAUAAAUCUGACAAUGCUUCACAACACCAUCAACAUCAGCAAUAUUCAUCAAACCAGUCGGCGUAUGUGAGUGAUGUUAAAACAACUCAGGCACGAAGAAAUGGAUUUUGUCAUGAUCCUACAAAUAUUCCUCCAUCUACUGUUACUCGUUCUGGAUUAGUGAAUGGAUUGAAUUCUACGCUAUUGAGUUCAGCAUUGAUGAUACCACCACCACCGUCAUUGACUAAAGUGUCAAACAACACUGCAGACAGUAGUAACUACCAUUAUCCACCAAUUGUCCCCUCAGAUAGAUUGGUAUUUUCUCAUGAAACACCUCAGCAUUCAUUGGGUUCUUUACCGUCUUCGAAUUUAAAGUAUACAACGUCAGUUGCUUCACCCAUAUUCUUGCAUAAUAAUAGUAGUAGUAAUACUGCACCAAUUUUACUGAAAACUCUCAACACAACUAGUCCUAGUACUACUGCUAAUGUUACUUUUCAUGUGGCUGAUUGUGAUAGUAGGAAUAUUAAUAUUAGUAGCAACAAUAAUAAUCAUAGGACUAUUCAACAGGGGAAUAUACCUCCACCCCCGCCUUUACUCCCUAUGCACAUUCAUUCUGAUUCUCCGUAUACUACUAGUACUACUACUACUACUACCACUUCUGCUGUAUGGUCUUCCUCCCCUUCUUAUCAUAAUAGGCAUUAUUUUAUGGAUAAUAACGAUAUUAGUAAUGAUAUCCCAUCUUUACUCCCUGAGAUUAAUCGUUCCUUCAUCACAUCUAGAACAGAUUAUGAAGCGUCAAACAGUCAAGCUAGUCGGCAUCAUCAUUAUAACAAAUCAAUGCAUGCCUCUGUACAAGAUUUAAUCCUCGAUGAGUUUUCUCGUCAGACACCUGCCAUUUCAAUAAACAACUCAGUCAGCACAAUUAAUGCUAAUAAUAAGAGUAUUUGCAGCAAUUCAUCAGACAGUGUUUGUGACUACCUCCAAGAACAACGUUAUCCUGAUUCUCCUAUCCAACGCCAUCGUCAUCAUCACCAUAAUCAUGAUCGUCAUAGUAAUAACCAUCAUCACCAUAAAGGAGUUCAACCUAAUUCUAUCGAUUACAGUCAUCAGUUUAAUUUACCACCACGUAAACGACACUGGGAUUCACAUAAUUCCAUCGUGACAACUAGUAUUAAUAAUGUUAACUUCGAUGAAAACUGUAUAUCGUCAAAAUUACCUCGGAAUCAUUCUUUUAUAUCAUCAUCAUCAUCAUCAUCAUCAACAACAACACAACAUCAUAAUAAAAACACCUCAUGGUCACAAAAUCUUAGUCCACCGACACUAUCUCCGGUAUCCUUAGAUGAUGUUCCUAGUACAACAGAUUUUUCACUCCAGUUUGA